AAACAAUGAAAAUUACUUUUGUAUUACUUGCUCUUUGAUCAACUGGCUUAGUUGAGUUUGAUGAUUGACUAUUGAAAAAGGUAAUUUCAUUAAUUAUUGAAAAAAUCCUAAUGUUCAAGUGGGUUUGGGAUUGUCCUGUUAAGGCUAUAACCUACUAACGUAAGCCCAAUCCAAGCCCAAUCUUGAAAAUUCCACACGUUGAUCCGAAACCCGAACUCCAAUCUGACCCGAGAGACUGCCACGUCACCCUCAACCUCCCUCCUUCCUCUACUACCUUCUUUGAAGAGGGUUCCGGAAUUUACAUUUUGCAGAGCAACUUCAAAUUCAAAAAGGAAAGGAAAAAAAAAAAAAAAAGAAGAAAGGGGGACACGAUGGAUCCAGAGAAGGCAUUGGAGUUAGUAAAGAGCGGAGCAACACUUCUCCUUCUUGACGUUCCUCAAUACACUCUUAUCGGUAUCGACACUCAGGUGUUUUCGGUGGGUCCUGCUUUUAAAGGAAUAAAAAUGAUUCCCCCGGGAGUUCAUUUCGUCUUUUACAGCACUUCUACCAGAUAUGGCAAAGAGUUUUCACCAAUUAUUGGCUUCUUUAUUGAUGCUGGCCGCUCUCAGGUGGUUGUCCGUAUGUGGGAUAAAAAGGAGGAAUGCUUACUUAAAGUAUCAGAAGAAGAGGGAGAAAGAUACAGUAAAGCUGUUAGAAGUUUGGAGUUUGACAAGAAUCUUGGGCCCUAUGAUCUAAGCCAAUAUGUGGAUUGGAAGAAAUUGUCUAAUUACAUUACGAAAAGCACUAUUGAUCGAUUAGAACCCAUUGGCGGAGAAAUUACAGUCAUAUAUGAAUCUGGGAUGGUGAAAAACACUUGUAAGAGCACCAUGGAGAGAGCUGUAGAUGAGCAUUUGAGGAAUAGUAAGUUCUCUACACCUGCUGAGAAACCUCCGAAAAGAGGAUGUUACUAUACGCCAAUUCCCCGUGUCAUAAAGCAAAAAGGAAUUGAAAGUGAACAACUUACUUCUUUGAAUCUUGACAAGACAGAACUGUUAGAAACCUUACUGGUGAAGGCUUAUGGCAGCUCUGAAGAGUCACUUCUUGGGGAGCUGCAAUUUGCAUUUAUAGCAUUUUUGAUGGGGCAAUCACUUGAAGCAUUCAUGCAGUGGAAAUUGUUGGUCAGCCUUCUGUUUGGCUGUAUUGAGGCUCCUUUUCAUACCAGGAGUCAGCUGUUCACGAAGUUCAUUAAGGUCAUCUAUUAUCAACUGAAAUAUGGACUUCAAAAAGAUCACACGGUUGCAGAGGCAGGGGCAUCGGCAUUGUUAGAUGACUCAUGGUUUUCUUUUGAUAGCUUUCUGCACCGCCUUUGCAAGGAUUUCUUUUCAUUGCUGCAAGAUGCUUUAGUUGUUGAUGGAGAUCUUCUCUCAUGGACAAGGAAAUUAAAAGAGGUGCUUGAAAACAGUUUAGGAUGGGAGUUCCAGCGGAAAAGUGCAGUUGGUGGAAUCUACUUUGAGGAGGAUAAUGAGUAUGCUCCUGUGGUUGAAAUGUUGGAUGAGCCAAGCGGGAGUGAACCAGCAACAGCUUAGACAGUAGCAUUGUGUCUUGUCUUUGUUAACAUGUUAGAUAAGGUAUUGGAUGACUUGACUGACCCGUGUCUGUAACAGUUUUUAGAAUGAAUUUCCUUUUCAAAAUCACUUUCAUCUUCACCAAUCCUAUAGGCAGUGUUUGUACUUCUCCGUCUCUUUCUGGAUGCCUUCCUGAAAUCCUCUUCUCUGCCAAAGACAAAGAGGUCAAAAUCAUCUGCCUCCCUCCAUCUGCAUUAUGCAUUUUGCUCAAGGAGGUGCAAUCAAAUGAAAGUUGCUACAUCUAAAUCCGUGAUUUAUAAUUUAUUUCAAGUAAAUUAAACCACUAACUAGUUUUGUAGCUUAUAUAUUGAGACCAACCAAAAGGCAAACAUCAUAAUUGAUGAAGUAACUCUAAUCGAUGUCAGACCGUUUUUUUUUUUUUUUUUUGGUCCAAG